ACUACGGAAAUUGUGCCGACUAACGUUGCCAACGUAACAGUCUGCGUACCGUGUCAGUGUAGAAGUUGUACGUGAGAUGAUUAUUAAAGGUAAAUUUACAAUUUUAUGUCGCAACAAAUAUUGCUGUGAUUGUGUGGAAUACGGUGCCAAAGAAUACAGACAUCAGCUGAUUGACAAGGAUAAUUAGUAUAUCGCCUUUCCACCUGGAAGUAAAGUCAUGGAGUUUCUCCCAGUUCUUGAACCUCUAGAUAAACCCAAAGAAGGACUUUGCAGGUAUUCUCUGAUACCCAGGGGAAGUGCUCCUGGUGUCAGUGUGGGUCACACCUGUACCUUUACUCCAUCUGGAGAAGGAGAAAAAGGGAGAGUCCUUAUUGUUGGAGGAGCCAACCCCAGCGGCAGCUUCUCACAUUCACAUAUUAUAAAUCUAGAUAAUCAUGAAUGGGACAUCCCAGAGUGGGAUGGUUUGAAGCCACGGUAUGAACAUUGCAGCUUUGUGCCAGAGAGCUACCCUCACAGAUUUUGGGUGUUUGGGGGGGCACAGCAAACUGGGAAUCGUAAUUGUAUCCAGAAUAUACAGCUAACAGACAGUGGAUCUCACUGGAAGAAUACAUCUGUAAAUGGCAUGCCCCCCUGUCCCAGGACAUACCACACCAACUCAGCCUGCCAUGGGGACAGACUGUAUGUUUUUUCUGGUGGUGAAGCAGGAGCUGCACCUGUGUCAGACCAAAAACUUCAUGUCUUUGAUGCAGUGUCUUCCACUUGGUCCCAGCCAGAAACACAAGGCAGAAAUCCUACAGCCAGACAUGGCCACAUUAUCGUAGCAGUGGGUUCAAAGCUCUACAUUCACGGGGGCAUGGCCGGAGAGAAAUUUCACAAUGAUAUGUACUCUCUUGACACAAGGAGCAUGAAAUGGGAGAAAGUGCAUCCCAAAGGAGACAUCCCACCCGGAGUCACAUCCCACUCAGCUGUGGUGCUGGGCAAGAACAUCUACAUUUUUGGAGGGAUGACUGCAGAUGGAGCCAGCAACUCCAUGUACAGAUUCAACACUGACAAAAGUAGAUGGUUCCUCAUGAAAUUUCAAGGGGAUAUGCCACCCAACCGCCUAGACCACUCCAUGUGUUUAUUGCCAUGGAAAGUGUGUGGAGAGGGCGACAGAGAUGAAGAGCAAGCCAACAGCCCAGCAGCCUCACAGACCAUACAUCUGGCCUUUGUAUUUGGAGGGAUGGACACCCAGGGUGUCAUAUACAAUGACUGUAUUGUGACUGUGUUGACAUGAUGUGCCUUGGUGCUGUUAUAUUUAAGUUUUAAUAAAAGGUUGGUCUAGCACUA